AUGCCGCCCUCCAUAUUCCCUACCUUCCACCACUCGACCCCUGCUCAGACAACAGACGAGUCCUUCAAUGCUCCUGAAAGACCUCCAAGCCCUACGAGAAAGACAAGAGGAUGGGAUCUUUUGAACUCUUUCAGAACUUCUCUUGAUUUAAGUGGGAAACAUCGCAAGUCUAGCCCUUUGGUACCUACCGAACCUGACAAGACACUUCCUCCUCUACCUCAACCUCCAAGGAUUGAACUUCCACCUGCCUCCACUUCCGCUCCUGACCUUCAUUCAUCAGCAAUGCCUAUCAGAGGUACUGCUCCUGCACUCCGACCGGCCAUUCUGUCUGUGUUGUCAGAACCACCUACUGUCCCUCGUCGACCCUCACAACAAACCGUCUCUGCCUCCUCACGACCACUUGCUCAAGUCGAGAACAGAGUUUCUGUAUCUGAUCCUUCAACACCUAGAAUUCAAUCGCCUGCAAAUUCUCUGGACAAGACUCAAUCACAUGCCAAGGCAGUCUCAAACAGACAUUCCGCCUCCCCAGGUGUAUCAAAGUCCCCUCCUCCUCGCAAAGGGGUCAAAUCUACCCCUAGGACCAGAAAACCCAAAUCACCUUCAGAAUCAAUCAUAGAUCUAACCUACUCUCCCCCUGGUUCUCCUUCAUCGCCAUCAUCCAUCUCAUCUACUUCGUCAGGAAAGAUCAAAUCGGUCACUCCUCGUUCUGCUCCACGUCGACGAAGGGGGACAGAUCAGAUUGGUUCCAUUCCCGACACACCAGCCAGAUCCCCAGCUCCAAGUUCUGCCAGGGCCUCUCCCUCACCGGCUGGAGGGGCAAUCAAAUGUGCUGGCUACACACGUGCAGGUCAUCCAUGUAAGAGAUUAGUCAAAGUUCAAGCGCCUUACUUGUCUAUGAAAGAUACAAGUGGGUCUAGUCCUGGGGAAGAUACAGAAGGUGAGGUAGAAGGGUUUUACAUCAAGGGUAAAGGUACUUGGGUCAAAUUUGAUGAUUACGUACCUAAAGAACUAGGGCAGCAAACUCAAACGUUGCUCCGAACAACUAUGGAAAGUCGAUUGACGGAGAAAGAAGAUCUUCAAUCACCCAAUACUUGUUUUUUCAAAGUAGGUCGUACGGAUAACGUUCCUCGUAGGAUUGGAGAAUGGACAAAUCAAUGUCAAUCCCAUAAACCGACACUUAGAGAAAUCUUCCCACGUCGACCUCCUCGAACACAAAUAGACGACUCUCAACUUUCUCGUAGAGAUAGUUCAUACCUCCCCGGUGCAAUUUCAUCAGGUUCCACAAUUGAUUCUCGUCCACGUUGUCCAGCUAUGAAAAGAUGGGAAAAAUUAGUUCAUUUAGAACUUUCAGAAUUAAGUUUUGUUUCUCGUCCUAAAGAAUUCGAAAUGGUACGUGAGAAAUGUAAUGAUUGUGGGAAAUUACAUCGAGAGGUUUUCCCACUUCCUUUAGAGAUCGAUGUUCCUCUAGAAGGGAUUAAACCUGGUGGAGGUAGAGAAGCUUAUGAGACUGUGGUUGAGAUUAUCAAUAGAUGGGAGAAGUUCAUUAGAGAGGUUGCGGAGGGGUGA